UGUGUACCACAGAUGGGCAGAGGGCUGAGGAGCCCGUGCCCGAGAUGAAUGUAGCCAAGAAAUGAAGCCGACGAGGGGUUCACAGGAUCAGGACCCUGCUCACACACCAGGGAGGCCUUCUGCAUCUUGUCCUGGGGCCCCUUUCCAACUUUUGGGGAUGCCUCCUGGCAGAGCUUAACAGGCCGAGGCAGCUGCCUGAGCAGCCUGUAGUUGCUCCAGCAGACCGGGUAGGGACAGCCACAUUCCAGGCUCCUGGCUGGCAGGGAAGCUGGGCAGGGAGUUCCUGCAGGGAGCGGCAGCCCAGGCUUGGGCAGGCAAGUGCUGAAGGGUGGUUCCUCCUUCCGUGGAAAGCCAGAGGCCGAGGAGAUGGAAGAACAGGUGUUCAAGGGGGACCCGGACACCCCCCACUCCAUCUCCUUCUCCGGCAGUGGAUUCCUCUCCUUCUACCAGGCCGGGGCUGUGGAUGCCCUGCGGGACCUGGCCCCCCGGAUGCUGGAAACGGCCCACCGCUUCGCAGGGACAUCUGCAGGUGCUGUGAUCGCUGCCCUGGCCAUCUGCGGGAUUGAAAUGGAUGAGUACCUCAGAGUCCUCAACGUGGGUGUGGCCGAGGUGAAGAAAUCCUUCCUGGGGCCCUUGUCCCCAUCCUGCAAGAUGGUGCAGAUGAUGAGGCAGUUUCUGUACCGGGUCCUGCCUGAGGACUCCUACAAGGUCACCACAGGGAAGCUCCAUGUGAGCCUCACCCGCUUCACAGACGGGGAGAGCGUGGUGGUUUCGGAGUUCACAUCCAAGGAGGAGCUCAUCGAGGCCCUGUACUGCAGCUGCUUCGUCCCCGUGUACUGCGGCCUCAUCCCCCCAACUUACCGCGGUGUGAGGUACAUCGAUGGGGGCUUCACCGGCAUGCAGCCCUGUGCCUUCUGGACCGAUUCCAUCACCAUCUCCACCUUCAGCGGGCAGCAGGACAUCUGUCCCCGGGACUGCCCCGCCAUCUUCCACGACUUCCGAAUGUUCAACUGCUCCUUCCAGUUCUCCCUGGAGAACAUCGCCAGGAUGACCCAUGCGUUGUUCCCCCCGGACCUGGUGAUCCUGCACGAUUACUACUAUCGAGGGUACGAGGAUGCAGUCUUGUACUUGAGGAGACUGAAUGCUGUUUAUCUUAAUUCUCCCUCCAAGAGAGUGAUUUUCCCCCGGGUGGAAGCGUACUGCCAGAUACAACUCGCCCUUGGCAAUGAGUGCCCUGAACACAGUCGACCAAGCCUUCAAGCACGGCGGGCCAGUCUGGAGGGAGCCACACAACCUCACACAGAGUGGGCUCCCAAAGCCGGAGGAAGGGGCAGCCAUGGUCCGCCUGCAUCCUCACCUGUGCAGACACCUGAAUCCACAUGUGAACCACCUGUUUCACCACCAGUAUCUCCACUUGAGCAGCCACCUGCACAGCCACUGGCCUCUUCAACUGGCACACCACGUGUAUCAUUCCCAGCUGUGCACAAGCCACCCAGCUCCACACCCGGCUCAUCACUGCCCGCCACACCACCUGGGCAGUCACCUGCGUCACCUCAGCAGCAGGUACAACCAUCUGGAUCACCACCCAGAUCCCCUCACUCUCAAGCAUCCACUUCACCCAGACCAUCGCUGGGGACCUCGGCUGUGGGGGCACCUCAAACACCACCCCAAGGUUUUCUUUCAGCCUCCCCUGCUCAGCCACCUGCGGAGAAACUAGGCCCAGGACAGCCCCAAGGUAUGGACCCUUCUGGCUUCUUACAGCUUUCUCAUGCCUGGAGCCCCUCGACAAGUGAGCAGGCCAUCAGGGCUGCUGUAGCUCCUCUUGACUCUUCAAAUCCAAAAAGCACCGUGCCUCUGGUUCACGCAAAGGAAACCAUCAGCAAGCCUUACGCAAUGGAGAGCCCUGCUGAAGACUCAAACUGGGUGAAUAAGGUCUUCAAGAAGAAUAAGCAAAAGACAAGUGGGACCAGAAAAGGCUUCCCAAGACAUCCUCGAUCCAAAAAGCCAAGCGGCAAAGUGCAUUCUGCUCCCUGCCCACUUGACGUCCCUCUGUUCUCCACUUCUGAGACAGUUUGGGUCACCUACAGACCUCAUCCUAGCCGGAUCCAGGAAUGCAGCCGCCCUGAGGAAGCUGUGAGCCGAGAGAGAGAACCCGAGACGGCACGGGAGAGAACCUGAGGACCCUGAGGCCGAGUCUGCUCCCCACGGCUGUCGGGCACAGUCCCCUGACCAGAGGACCAGAGGCUACACCUACUGCCAGUCCUGAUGGUGCCCAGGAUCUGUUUCCCUUCCAGGGUGAGCAUCUCAGCCUCCCUGUGAUCCUUCCGGCCCUUCCACUUCCCUUCUCUGGACAGACUGAUGGACGCCAGCACUGACCGGCGCUCACGGACCUUCCUCCCAACCUUGGCCUGAGCUCGCUUCUUUGAGAUGGGCCAGAUCGCUUCUAGUCUCCCCAGGAUCCUGUCCAAGGGCACAGCUCUUGGGGGCCCAGCAGGACUGAGCCCACGACACACUCCCUCGCUCCCGCAGUGGCAGGAGCCCAAGUUCUGUUUGGUUUUUAAUUCUCACAGUGUACUGAUGGCUUGACCUCAGCUUGUCACUGGAAUCGCUGGCUGAAGUUGGUCCGGCAGCCCAGGCAUCAAGGUCUUUAGAGCUCCUCCGGGAUUACAUGGUGCUGCAGUGCUGAGACAGGCAGCCCUAGAGUCCUGGGUGCCUGUAGAGGAAGAGGGAGGCCAAAUGUCCCUCCCCAGCAGCUAACACAAAUGAGGGUUGACCCUGUCUGCUGUUCACACCUCAGUGAAAAUGUUCCAUGGGGAAGACAACUUCAGCCUCAAUUUUUUCUAACCUGUCCAGAAAAUAAUUAGCCCCUUACUGCUCCCCAGAGGGCAGACCACCUCCAUUCCCAGCGGGGCCCAGCAAGGAAGCCCCAGCUGCCCACAGGCCUCAGGGGCAUUUGCUUACCAAAUGCUGAAAUGCAAAACCCAGACUGAAGGCGUGGAGGACAAUGCUAACCGGGUCUUAGGAGCCUGAGGAGGCCAUAUGCAAAUUUAAGCCUGGUGGGGUUGGGGAUUUAGGCGGUUAGGGUACAGAGGCUUCAAGGGAUCCUACUUAAUCGGGCCAUUUCAGGGAACAAAAUGUACCUUUGUGAGGCCUGAGAAGGGUCAAAGUCCCAGGGGUCUUGCAUCCUCUGACUACUCUGGUUGAUCUGUGGCCAGACCAGUCAAAGGAAGCAGCUGCAGGUAUGUGUUGAGGGGAGACUGACUGGAGAGGCCUGCCUAGCCAGAGGAGUGGCCUCCAUGUUUGCAGAAGCCUGAUGCCUGGGAACCAGAGAGAGCGGGUGUCCUUUCCUGCACAGCCCCGGAAUGCUAAUUCCCUGGGACCCAAGGAAAAUGUGAACUUCAUAAUAAUUAUUGUUUUAAUUCAAAGUCUGUAGUUAGAGGCCAGAGGCUCUCAAUGUCAGUUAUAUUAAAGUAUUAAUGCAUCCACUUGCA